AUGGAUAGUGUAGUUAUUGAUAAGGUUGAUAUUAACCAGCCCGACAUAUCAAACUCUCGGGAGCGUUCGAGGAAUAUUUCGUCGUUUUCCAAGUUGAUUCCAAAGUCUAUUUGGAAGUCACAACAACAACAACAGCAGCAGCAGCAGUCGGAGAACCCAGAAUUAUCCGGGCACAAUUCAAGAGAAUUGGAGGAAAAUCAGGUAAUAACUCAUGAACCAUUUCAUGAGGCUCCUGCUAUCGUAAUAGAGGAAUCUAAACCGGUAUCACGAGAAUCCAUGGAACAAGAAUCUCCUUCUUCUACACCAAAAUCAUCCAAUGCUAAAGAGUCAAAGUUCUCUCUAAGAUUAAAAAAGGUAUUUGGAAAGAAGGAUUCUUCCCAUGCUUCAGUCGAGUCUGAUUUAAGUAUAGGGACUAAUAACGAAAGUUCGAGUGAUACUCGCAAUGAUACCUCACCUCCUCUGAAUAGAUUUAGAACAAACUCCGACACAGAAGCAAAGAGGAACAUGUAUAGUGCUGGAUCACAACUGCAGUCCACACCUCUAACAUCGCCCUCUAAAUCAAUACUAUCGUUGAGCAGCAAUCUCAAACAUAAUAGCAGUAGUCACAAUAGUGGAUCAACUAAUUUGACUCCGAAAAUUCCUGCAAGUUUGGAAAUGUCGGAUGCUUCUACGAAUGGUAGUGGGUUUGCCUCAAUCAAUAACCUGUGCAACGUUAGCACAGCAUCCUUAAAUCUAAUUGAUGAGAAUGAAGAGGUGAAGAAUUUUGAUGGUUCCCUUUCUGCUUCUACUGACAAGAAGAAUCCAGCAUUUACCGCACCAUUGAAGUCAGGAUCUGAGAGCCCAUUUUUGAGUUCACAGGCAAUGAAGCCAUUUCCUGGUUACGAAGAGCUGGACAAUAGCACACAUAAUCGCUCCGGUUCAGGUGGCACAUCCAUUAAACCUCCUCUUAGAAGGACGGCUUCACAACCAACAGAUGUAAACCUGAAUGGAACAGGUAAAUCUAGUCCUGUCAGCAAAGAAGAACUCAGUCCUAGAAGAGGAACAGUUGGCGCAGAUACCUCUUUCAUGCAACCACCAAGAAGAUCACAGAGACUCAGAAACAAAUCUUUCAGUAAUAAGUUCCAAGAUAUUUUAGUAGGACCACAAUCUUUUGAGAAGAUAAGACUGUUGGGUCAAGGUGAUGUUGGUAAGGUUUAUCUCGUCAGGGAAAAACAAACCAACAGAUUAUAUGCAUUAAAGAUAUUCAGUAAACCAGAAAUGAUAAAGAGGAAGAAGAUUAAAAGAAUCCUAGCGGAGCAGGAAAUUUUGGCUACUAGUAGCCAUCCGUUUAUUGUGACUUUGUAUCAUUCGUUUCAAACUGAGGAUUAUCUGUAUUUAUGUAUGGAAUACUGCAUGGGAGGAGAGUUUUUCAGAGCAUUGCAGACGCGAAAGACCAAAUGCAUAUCUGAAGAUGAUGCAAGGUUUUAUUCUAGUGAAGUUACAGCCGCUUUAGAAUACCUUCAUUUAAUGGGAUUCAUUUAUAGGGAUUUAAAACCAGAAAACAUUCUUUUGCAUCAAUCUGGGCAUAUCAUGUUGUCAGAUUUUGAUUUAUCUGUUCAAGCUAAAGACACCAAGAAUCCAGUAGUGAAGGGUAAUUCUUCACACUUACUUGUUGACACAAAAAUAUGUUCUGACGGGUUUAGAACUAAUUCAUUUGUUGGAACCGAGGAAUAUAUUGCUCCAGAAGUGAUUAGAGGUAAUGGUCAUACUGCAGCAGUUGAUUGGUGGACUUUGGGGAUUCUUAUUUAUGAAAUGUUGUUCGGAUUCACUCCAUUCAAAGGAGAUAAUACUAAUCAAACAUUUUCCAACAUUCUGAAAAACGAAGUUGUCAUACCAAACAAUAAUGAGAUCUCUAGAGCAUGCAAGGAUUUAAUCAAGAAACUACUCAUAAAAAAUGAAAAUAAACGAUUGGGUUCCAAAUUAGGCGCUUCUGAUAUAAAGAAACACCCUUUCUUUAAAAAUGUCCAGUGGUCACUUUUGAGGAAUCAGGAACCUCCUUUGAUUCCUGUUUUAGCAGAAAAUGGAUGUGACUUUGCUACGUUGUCAGUAAAUCCAAAAGGCUCAAAGGAAAAGAAAAAUUCUGCAGAACAGCGAGAAAGACUUAUGUUUGAAGAAAAAGUCGAACUAGAUGAUCAAGUUUCAGACAACGAUCCUUUCCAUGAUUUUAAUUCUAUGAGCUUAAUGAAGCAGGAUAACGAUUCUCUAAUAUACGGUGAUAGUACAUCGUAUGGAAAAAUAUCGUAUACCCCGAAUCAAAACCGGUCUAGAAGUAACAGUCACAGAAGUUUUUUUAAAAGAUAA